GCCAAACCUAGUUGACAAACCCUGUUUUAUAGUAUUCCAUGGCCUUUACUGGCCAAAGGUUAAACUGCUGUUAUGUUUCUGAUAUACUAUGGUGUUGUGUCACUAGACUUUGACCAGAUAUUAUUGCAUCCAAAGAUCAACUGUACCUAGAACAUAGAUACAGAGACACUUGUCAUCAGGAAGGUGCUCUCUCAACACAACGGAAAAUAUCUCAAUGACUUGACAUGUUCUGGUUGUGAAUUCAGGCUACAAGGGGUCUGUGCUGUUAAAUGAGUCUCUCUGGGGAGAGAGAGGAGGGGGGCCCUGCCUCUAAAAUGAGUCUCUCUGGGGGACAUGACACCAAAGCUAAGAGUCCAAUCAAGCAGGAGAGACCAGCCUCCCCUGUACCCAGCUGUGUGUCCAUGAAGAGUGACUGGUCUAUGAUUCAACCUAUAGACUUUAGAGAGGGAGACUUUUCUACUGAACAAAGAAACCAACAGGAGAGAUCAGAGUCAGAGAUUCUCAGUGGUCAGUCUUCCCAGAGUCAUCAAACAGACCUGGCCUCCAUAUUCAGUUUGCUUGAAGAGAAUAUUAUGACGUUUGUGAAGAACGAGCUGAAGAUGUUCAAGAGGAUUCUUAGUCCAGAACUCCCAGAAGGCUUUGAGAGUCAGAAGCAGGAAGUGGUGGAUGCUGAAGAUGAGAAGCAGGAGAGCAGUGCCAGAGAGGGGGCUCUGAAGAUCACACUGCACAUCCUGAGGAAAAUGAACCAGAAGGAGCUUGCUGACACACUGGAGAAAAAUGAGCUUGCUGUGAUUUGCCAACGUGAACUCAAAUCUAAUCUAAAGAAGAAGUUUCAAUGUGUAUUUGAGGGGAUCGCUAAACAAGGAAACCCAACACUUCUCAAUAAGAUCUACACAGAGCUCUACAUCACAGAGGGUGGAACAGGAGAGGUCAAUAAUGAACAUGAGCUGAGACAGAUUGAGACAACAACCAGGAAACAAGCAAGACCAGAGACUGCAAUCAAAUGUAACGACAUCUUCAAACCCUUAACUGGACAAGACAAACUUAUCAGAACUGUGCUGACAAAGGGAGUCGCUGGCAUUGGAAAAACAGUCUCUGUGCAGAAGUUCAUUCUGGACUGGGCUGAAGGAAAAGCAAAUCAGGAUGUCCAAUUUGUAUUUUCAUUCCCUUUUCGGGAGCUGAAUUUGAUGAAAGAGGACAAACACACUUUCAUUGAACUUCUCAAUCACUUCUCAAUGGAAACCAAACAAUCAGGAAUCUCCAACUUCGACAAGUACAAAGUUCUGUUCAUCUUUGAUGGUCUGGAUGAGUGCCGACUGCCCCUAGACUUCCAGAAGAACAAGAUCUGUUGUGACGUCACAGAGUCAACCUCAGUGGAUGUUCUGCUGACAAAUCUCAUCAAGGGAAAUCUGCUUCCCUCUGCUCUCCUCUGGAUAACUACCCGACCUGCAGCAGCCAAUAAGAUCCCUUCAGGGUGUGUUGACCAGGUGACAGAGGUACGAGGGUUCAAUGACCCACAGAAGGAGGAGUACUUCAGGAAGAGAUACAGUAAUGAGGACCUGGCCAGCAGAAUCAUCUCACACAUAAAGACAUCAAGGAGCCUCCACAUCAUGUGCCACAUUCCAGUCUUCUGUUGGAUUUCUGCAACAGUCCUUGAACACAUGCUGAAACAUAAGAGAGAAGAGAUGCCCAAGACUCUGACUGAGAUGUACACACGCCUUGUGGUGUUUCAUACCAAACAGAAGAAUGAAAAGUAUCUUGGGAAAGAAGAGACAGGUCCACACUGGAAUAAAGAGAGCAUUCUGUCACUGGGCAAAUUGGCUUUUCAACAGCUUGUGAAUGGCAAUCUGAUUUUCUAUGAAGAAGACCUGAAAGAGGCUGGCAUUGAUGUCAAUGAAGCCUCGGUGUACUCAGGAUUGUGCACACAGAUCUUUAAAGAGGAAUGUGGGCUGUACCAGGACAAGGUGUACUGCUUUGUUCAUCUGAGCAUUCAGGAGUUUCUGGCUGCUGUAUAUGUGUUCCUCUCAUUCAUCAACAACAAUGAGAAUCUAAUGGACAAACUGCAAUCAACAUCCAGGAGACUUUCUGUGAGGAUCAAACAAAGGCGUAAAGUUACUUUCUACAAGAGUGCUGUGGAUAAAGCCUUACAAAGUGAGACGGGAAACCUGGACCUUUUCCUCCGCUUCCUUCUGGGCCUCUCACUGGAGUCCAAUCAGAAGCACUUACAAGGUCUACUGACAAAGUCAAGAAGCAGCUCACAGACCCAUGAAGAAACAGUCAAGUACAUCAAGGAGAAGAUCAGGGAGAAUCUCUCUCCAGAGAGGAGCAUCAAUCUGUUCCACUGUCUGAAUGAACUGAAUGACCAUUCUCUAGUGGAGGAGAUCCAAAGCUUCCUGAGCUCAGGAAGUCUCUCAAAACCCAACCUUUCACCUGCACAGUGGUCAGCUCUGGUCUUUGUGUUGCUGACUUCAGAAAAGGAGCUGGAUGUGUUUGACCUGAAGAAAUACUCCAGAUCAGAGGAAGGUCUUCUGAGGCUGCUGCCAGUGGUCAAAGCCUCCAGAGCUGUUCUAAUUAACCAAAUGCAUCUGCCAUUGUCCUUCUACACUACUGGUGUUAAAUUAACAGUGUGUUUGUUAAGUCAUGAUGAUCUCUUUGUCAGGCUGUCAGGCUGUGGAGUCACAGAGGAAAGCUGUGCUUCUCUGGUCUCAGCUCUGGAGUCAAACCCCUCACACCUGAGAGAGCUGGAUCUGAGUAACAAUGACCUGAAGGAUUCAGGAGUGAAGCUGCUCUCUGCUGGACUGGGGAAUCCCCACUGUAAACUGGAGACUCUGAGGCUGUCAGGCUGUCUAGUCACAGAGGAAGGCUGUGCUUCUCUGGUCUCAGCUCUGAGGUCAAACCCCUCACACCUGAGAGAGCUGGAUCUGAGUAACAAUGACCUGAAGGAUUCAGGAGUGAAGCUGCUCUCUGCUGGACUGGGGAAUCCCCACUGUAAACUGGAGACUCUGAGGCUGUCAGGCUGUGGAGUCACAGAGGAAGGCUGUGCUUCUCUGGUCUCAGCUCUGAGGUCAAACCCCUCACACCUGAGAGAGCUGGACCUGAGUAACAAUGACCUGAAGGAUUCAGGAGUGAAGCUGCUCUCUGCUGGACUGGGGAAUCCCCACUGUAAACUGGAGACUCUGAGGCUGUCAGGCUGUGGAGUCACAGAGGAAGGCUGUGCUUCUCUGGUCUCAGCUCUGAGGUCAAACCCCUCACACCUGAGAGAGCUGGAUCUGAGUAACAAUGACCUGAAGGAUUCAGGAGUGAAGCUGCUCUCUGCUGGACUGGGGAAUCCCCACUGUAAACUGGAGACUCUGAGGCUGUCAGGCUGUCUAGUCACAGAGGAAGGCUGUGCUUCUCUGGUCUCAGCUCUGAGGUCAAACACCUCACACCUGAGAGAGCUGGAUCUGAGCUACAAUCACCCAGGAGACUCAGGAGUCAGACUGCUCUCUGCUGGACUGGAGGAUCCACACUGCAGACUGGAGAAACUCAAUGUGGGACAUGGUGGAGAGUACACAAUGAAACCUGGGCUUAGAAAAUAUGUCUGUGAUCUCACACUGGACCCAAACACAGUAUUUUGCACCAUCUCUCUGUCUGAGGAGAACAGAAAGGCGACAGGGAUGAGAGAGUACCAUCCUUAUCCUUAUCACCCAGAGAGAUUUGAGCGCUGUGGAGAGGUGCUGUGUAGAGAGGGUCUGACUGGGCGCUGUUACUGGGAGGCAGAGUGGAGUGGGGGAGAGGUUGAUAUAGGAGUGGCAUAUAAAGGAAUAAGCAGGAGAGGAGGUGAGGACUGUUGGCUUGGAUUCAAUGACAAGUCCUGGAGUGUGGUCUGCUCUGAAAACAGUUGCAGAGCCAGGCACAAUAAGAAAUCCACUACCAUAGACGUCCCCUCCUCCAGCUCCCACAGAGUAGGAGUGUAUCUGGACUGGCCAGCCGGCACUCUGUCCUUCUAUAGAGCCUCCUCUGACACACUGACCCACCUGUACACAUUCACCUCCUCCUUCACUGAGCCCCUCUAUCCAGGGUUUCAUCUUUGGGGUUAUGGCGCCUCAGCAUUCCUGUGUCAGGUGGUUCCUGUGUCAAACACUACAUGAUGUUUCACUCUAAUCCUGGUCAUGUUCAGUAAGACACACUGGAGCAACAAUGUAGAAUAUCUCUCUAGUCAUGAGUUAAAAUGUUAAUAUAUCUAAAUAUUCAUGAUUUUACACCACCUAAGUUAAUAGUCAUUAAUAGAAUGAAUCACCUCACUGUGUUGUAGAAACUGGUUUCAUUAAUAUAAUGAAUCACCACACUGUGUUGUAAAAACUGGUUUCAUUAAUAUAAUGAAUCACCUCACUGUGUUGUUAAAACUGGUUUCAUUAAUAUAAUGAAUCACCUCACUGUGUUGUUAAAACUGGUUUCAUUAAUAUAAUGAAUCACCUCACUGUGUUGUUAAAACUGGUUUCAUUAAUAUAAUGAAUCACCUCACUGUGUUGUUAAAACUGGUUUCAUUAAUAUAAUGAAUCACCUCACUGUGUUGUUAAAACUGGUUUCAUUAAUAUAAUGAAUCAUCUCACUGUGUUGUAGAAACUGGUUUCAUUAAUAUAAUGAAUCACCACACUGUGUUGUAGAAACUGGUUUCAUUAAUAUAAUGAAUCACCUCACUGUGUUGUUAAAACUGGUUUCAUUAAUAUAAUGAAUCACCUCACUGUUGUUAAA